AUGGUUACGAAACUAUGCUUUCUCGGCAUAGUGAAACAAUUAGAAUUACCUUUGAGAUUAGUACAGCUCAUAUGUCUUUUUACAACAUUACUUGCUUGGAAAUUGACCCAUUGCACGCAGAACAAGACAGCUCUAUGCAAAACAUUUAUAGAUUCUGAAUUAAUAUUUGUUGUUCAAUUCGUUUCCGCUUGUGUGGAUCGCGUCAAUCCACGUACCGCUGUGUCUGACUGCCCCCAAGUGGCGUAUCUUUGCAAUAACUCGGUCUACUUCACAUUAAUGACUGAGCAGUGUCCCAGAACUUGUAAUAGGUGUCCGGAAACUGUGAAUACAACGUUGCCACCAAGUGAUUGCAAACUUAAGUCGAACAAUAUUGCCUGUUUUAAAAUUGUCCAUGUGUACCGAAAACUGUGUGGUACGGAACCAAAUCUCUAUCGAGUUUUAAUAAUUAUGUUCACUGUUGAAUUCAUUUCAGCCUGCGUCGAUCGUGUAAACCCCCGAACUGGCGUGUCUGAUUGCCCGAAGAGAGCGUAUCUCUGUAACAACCCGGUUUACUUCAACCUGAUGACCGAACAGUGUCCUAGCACAUGUAACAGAUGUCCGAAAACGAAAAAUACAACUUCGCCAUCAAGUGAGUAG